CCGGGGGGAGAGGGGGCGGGGCGUGGCCGGCGCCCAGUUCAGUUGCACGGGUCGGGCAGAGCCGGAGAGCGGCUGCCGGGCUGCGGGAGGGACCCGCUCGCUGAGGGGAGAGAGGAAAAUGGCCAAAAUGGAGGUGAAGACGUCACUUCUAGACAACAUGAUUGGAGUGGGAGAUAUGGUGCUUUUAGAGCCUCUUAGUGAAGAUUCAUUCAUUAAUAACCUCAAAAAGCGCUUUGACCACAGUGAAAUAUAUACAUACAUUGGCAGUGUGGUUGUAUCAAUAAACCCAUAUAGACCGCUACCCAUUUAUUCACCAGAAAAAGUUGAAGAAUACAGGAACAGAAACUUUUAUGAACUCAGUCCUCACAUAUUUUCUCUGUCAGAUGAAGCAUACAGAUCCCUCAGGGACCAGGAUAAAGAUCAGUGUAUUCUUAUUACUGGGGAGAGUGGUGCUGGAAAAACAGAGGCCAGCAAGCUUGUCAUGUCUUAUGUAGCAGCUGUUUGUGGAAAAGGAGCAGAAGUUAAUCAAGUAAAAGAACAACUUUUACAGUCAAAUCCAGUGCUUGAAGCUUUUGGAAAUGCCAAAACCGUAAGAAAUGACAACUCUUCUAGAUUUGGAAAGUAUAUGGAUAUUGAAUUUGACUUCAAAGGUGAUCCACUCGGCGGAGUUAUAAGUAACUAUCUGUUAGAGAAGUCCCGUGUUGUUAAACAGCCAAGAGGUGAAAGAAACUUUCAUAUCUUCUAUCAGAUAUUAUCUGGUGCAUCAGAAGACAUGCUUAACAAACUUAAACUUGAACGGGAUUUCAGCAGAUAUAACUACCUGAGUUUGGACUCUGCCCGAGUAAAUGGAGUGGAUGAUGCAGUAAACUUCAGAACAGUUAGGAAUGCCAUGCAGAUUGUUGGCUUUAUGGAUCAUGAAACACAGUCCAUCUUGGAGGUGGUAGCAGCAGUUCUAAAACUGGGAAACAUUGAAUUCAAACCUGAAUCUCGAGUAAAUGGUUUAGAUGAAAGUAAAAUAAAAGAUAAAAAUGAGCUCAAAGAAAUUUGUGAGUUGACAGGGAUCGAUCAGUCAGUGUUGGAAAGAGCCUUUAGCUUCCGAACAGUUGAAGCCAAGCAAGAAAAAGUCUCUACAACGCUAAAUGUGGCUCAGGCUUAUUAUGCCCGUGAUGCUCUGGCCAAGAAUCUGUACAGUAGAUUGUUUUCCUGGCUUGUUACCAGAAUCAAUGAGAGCAUUAAGGCACAAACAAAAGUCAGAAAGAAGGUCAUGGGAGUACUGGACAUCUAUGGCUUUGAAAUUUUUGAGGACAACAGCUUUGAGCAGUUCAUUAUUAACUAUUGUAAUGAGAAGCUGCAGCAAAUCUUCAUUGAACUCACUCUAAAAGAAGAGCAGGAGGAAUACAUACGAGAGGAUAUUGAAUGGACUCAUAUUGAAUAUUUCAACAAUGCCAUAAUUUGUGACCUGAUAGAAAAUAAUCAAACUGGAAUUCUGGCUAUGCUAGAUGAAGAAUGUCUGAGGCCGGGCACCGUUACUGACGACACCUUUUUAGAGAAACUGAACCAAGUCUGUGCCACUCAUCAGCACUUUGAGAGUAGGAUGAGCAAGUGUUCACGUUUCCUGAAUGAUACAUCGCUGCCUCACAGUUGCUUCAGAAUUCAGCAUUAUGCUGGCAAGGUUAUGUACCAGGUAGAAGGAUUUGUUGACAAGAAUAAUGAUCUACUCUACCGUGACCUCUCCCAGGCUAUGUGGAAGGCCAACCACUCCCUCAUUAAAGCAUUAUUCCCAGAAGGUAACCCUGCCAAGAUUAACCUAAAGAGGCCCCCAACAGCAGGUUCACAAUUCAAGGCUUCUGUAGCUACUCUGAUGAAGAACUUGCAGACAAAAAAUCCAAACUAUAUUAGAUGCAUCAAGCCCAAUGACAAAAAAGCUGCACAUAUCUUCAAUGAAGCUCUAGUGUGUCACCAGGUCCGGUACCUAGGUCUCCUAGAGAAUGUCCGGGUUAGAAGGGCAGGCUACGCAUUCAGACAGCCUUAUGAGCUUUGUCUAGAAAGGUACAAGAUGCUUUGUAAGCAGACCUGGCCCCAUUGGAGAGGACCUGCUAGGGCUGGUGUAGAGGUACUGUUCAAUGAAUUGGAAAUCCCUGAGGAAGAAUAUUCCUUUGGAAGAUCAAAGAUAUUCAUCCGCAACCCAAGAACGCUUUUCAAAUUAGAAGACCUGAGAAAGCAACGUCUAGAGGACUUGGCCACACUCAUUCAGAAAAUGUACAGAGGCUGGAAAUGUCGGACACAUUUCCUUUUAAUGAAAAGGAGCCAGAUUGUGAUUGCUUCCUGGUGCAGAAGAUAUGCACAACAAAAGAAGUAUCAGAGGAUAAAGAGUUCGGCCAUUGUAGUACAGUCUUACAUCAGAGGAUGGAAGGCUCGAAAACUUCUUCGAGAACUUAAGCAUCAGAAGCGUUGUAAGGAAGCAGCCACAACCAUUGCAGCUUAUUGGCAUGGUACCCAGGCGCGAAGGGAACUGAGACGACUGAAGGAGGAGGCUAGAAAUAAACAUGCUAUUGCUGUUAUUUGGGCUUACUGGCUUGGAUAUAAGGCUCGAAGGGAAUUGAAACGCUUGAAGGAGGAGGCUAGGCGUAAGCAUGCUGUUGCAGUCAUUUGGGCUUACUGGCUUGGACUGAAGGUCCGUAGAGAAUACAGGAAAUUCUUCCGAGCCAAUGCUGGAAGGAAAAUUUAUGAAUUUACACUUCAGAAAAUUAUGCAAAAGUACUUCUUGGAAAUGAAGAAUAAGAUGCCUUCUUUAUCACCAGUAGACAAAAACUGGCCAGCAAGGCCUUACCUCUUCUUGGAUUCAACUCACAAGGAACUGAAGAGGAUUUUCCACUUGUGGAGGUGUAAAAAGUACAGAGACCAGUUCACAGAUCAACAGAAGCUUAUAUAUGAAGAAAAACUGGAAGCCAGUGAACUUUUCAAGGACAAGAAAGCUUUAUAUCCAGCCAGUGUUGGGCAACCAUUCCAUGGGGCUUACCUGGAAAUCAAUAAGAACCCCAAGUACAAAAAACUCAAAGAUGCUGUGGAAGAAAAGAUCAUUAUUGCUGAAGUUGUGAAUAAAAUCAAUCGAGCUAAUGGGAAGUGUGCAUCCAGGAUUUUCUUGCUAACAAAAAAUAAUGUUCUCCUUGCUGAUCAAAAGUCUGGACAUAUCAAGUCAGAGGUCCCUCUGGGUGAUGUUACUAAAGUGUCCAUGAGCUCUCAAAAUGAUGGUUUUUUUGCUGUGCACCUCAAAGAGGGCUCAGGAGCAGCUGGUAAAGGGGAUUUCCUGUUCAGCAGCGAUCACCUUAUUGAAAUGGCCACCAAGCUUUACCGCACCACUCUCAGCCAGACCAAACAGAAACUCAACAUCGAGAUUUCUGAUGAGUUCCUGGUUCAAUUCAAACAAGACAAAGUAUGUGUGAAGUUUAUACAGGGCAACCAGAAAAAUGGCAACAUCCCAACUUGUAAACGAAAAAACAACCGGCUCCUUGAAGUUGCUGUACCUUAACUGCAGUUGGUCCCUCUACCUUUCAUGGACUUAUUUUUUUGUUAUAGUGCAAUUUUUAGUUGUUUGGGCUGCCAGUGGCUAAUAGCUUUAGAAACCCUUGGCAAAAUAUUUGACUAAUAAGCUUUUAAAUCUUUCUUAAUACAAUAGUUUUAACCCUCAACAUGUACAUUUUGUCCAGUGGCAGCAUUUUAUGAACUGACAAAUAUCUGUUGCAUAUGACAUGUGCUCUUUGUUUAGCCAUCACAUUUUAGUACAGCAUACCAUAAACCCACAUAUUAAUGGAAAUACUUUUAAUACUCAUUGGACUAGAAAUCUGCCUAACAGAAGACAUAUAGAUGGCAUCAUAAAAGACAUGAUGCUUAUUGGUAACUUCUGCCCCUUGCAUUUUUAUACCAAUCUGUGCUGGUGAUCUAAAGGGUUAAUUGUUUGUUACCAUUAGAGAGACUGGUAAAAUUACGAGACUGAAACAGUAACUUUAAUUGUAAACAGCUCUAAGAGGUAUGUAACUUGAUCUUUAACAGAAUAUAGUGCAGGAAAACCUAAUUCUGCAGAGCAGAAGGAAUGUACAACUGUCUAUGCAGCCUAUGCAUAUGGUUUUUAUUUGCAGUAAAGAAGCUGGUGUUUCAAAACAGGCUUUCUAAUUAGGUCAGAUAUUUUUAAUGACUAUACAGUAGGAAGCAGAGUAGAAUUAUUAAGGAGGCAACAACAUAUUUCUUUCAUUCACAAAAACUAUAUAAUUGAAAGCAUAUUUUCUAUUCUGCUUUUUUCCUUAAAUUACUGGUUCACAUUAGAUCCUGAAAAAUGCAGUAGCAUGAAUAAUGAAAACUGCAAGGUAUUUAAACUGUUUAGUUAUUAUCUGAAGGGUUAGUCUUUUUCAGAUAUGGGCAUGUACAAUGUGCAAUAAAACACUCAUGACAUUUUGUGAAAAAUUAUUUAUAAUACACUUUUGUGUGUAAGAGAGAGAUGAUUGGUACAGCCUGCAUAGAUGAUGUAGGGAUGAAAGUAGGUUUGUGGUUUUAAUUUGCAGUUUUUUAGAAUGUACACUACAGUUGUUAAUUUGGGGAAAGUACUUAGAAUUAAAAAGUUUCGUAAUUCUGGGGGAUGAUGUACAUAAAUUGAUAUUAUAAUAAUAAAAUUGUCCUAGUUCUCUGAUGUUUGGUACUCUUAUGUUAUAACCAUAUUUUUGUAUUUCAAAACUGUUAUAUAUAAGUUUUUUUUGUGCCUGAUGUAAUGUGUGCACAGAAACACUUUCCAAUCAAGAACUGCAUUAUAAACUUUCAGUAUAACUGCCUGCAAUUAAUCUUUUAUAAACCAGAAGCAUUAGCUGAAAGCAUGGAUUUAUGGGGACAUUUUUUGAGUUUUUAGAUAGAGGGAACUGCUCAAGUGAAGGGUUUGUUGAAUGUAAUUGUUUGAUUUGUUGAUGCAAGGACAGUUGAGAAGUAUUGUGUGCUUGCAGGCUGAUACAAAUCCCUGCCUUCAAAGACAGGUUAAGACAUCAGAUAUGCAAUGCUGAAAGCCCAAGCAUAAAUAAAGUAAAGAUAAAGCAAAGUUCAGAGUCUCGUUACUCUCCUGUUGGUGAAGUUAUGUAGUACUUAUGAAGGUUUCCUUAUGUAGUUGUUCUAUUGUAAUGUAGACUUUCAAUAUUAAAACCCUACUACUUAUUGCAGCAGAGUCACCAGGGCCUCACACACACUCCUUACAUGUCCAGAAAAACAGUUGUUCCACUUUUGAAAUUUUUGUCACAUUUUGGUUUGGGUUAAAAUGAAAUAAAAGGGUUUAGCUGUGAUUGGGGCACAAAA